CGAGCUCCUCUCCAUCCCAUGUGUUUGGAAGAAAAGGAAAUGUGCUCGGAUCCAGACAUGUGCUGCUAGAAUAGACCUCUGUAUAGCUUUCUUUUCUUUUGAAUAACCGUGUCUGGUUAUAAAAAGGCAGCGGUGGGAUAUAUUUCAUCACUCUUUUCCUGAAAAUGCUUCCCUGCUCAUCAUCUGCGCAGAUGGAGGGAUGCGAGGAGGAGAGGGACGCACACAUGCAAACAGAGUGCAACAGACUGACGGAGGAGAGAGACGAGGCUGAGAGACAACUCAAACACAUCAAGAGAGUGUCUCAGAUGGUGAUUGAGGAGGUGAGCGUUCUGCAGACUCAGCUGGAGAUCGAGAAGUCGUGCCGGGAGAAUGCAGAGGCCCUGGCCACAAAGCUGAACUGCGAGAACAGGAAGUUGAAGUACCUGAGCCUGUCGUCACGUCCAUGUUUGGACGAGCUGCUUCCCAGCAUCUCAGACUGCAUCGCUCUGGACGCUGACUCGGAUGCAGACACAGCAGACGGAAGCCCUGACACCUUCACGCAGUACCAGCAACAAGUUAAAGAACUGAGGGAGACAGUGAACAGCUUGUUGGAGGAGAAGAAGAAUUUUGUCUGUCAGAUUCACGAACAGCAGAGACGGAUAGAAGAGUUCACUUUGCAGUCACAGAAAGAUCAGGCAGAGAUGAAAGAGCUUCGUGAAACUGUUGAGCAACAAGGAAAAACAAUCAAGAGAUUCAACAGAGUCUCCAUGAUGGGUCAGGAGUACGAUGGGAUGAAGGAGCAGCUCGACUUGGAGCAGAGCCUAAGAGUCAAAGCUGAGACUUACGCACACGAGAUGCUGGUGAAGCAGAAGGAGGCCAACAGGCAGAGUAUGCUCCUGCUACAGAGUGCUGAGCCCAGCGUUCAGCUUCUGAAAGCUCUGGAGGAUGUUGCUGCCAUCACCAAAACCCUGGAGGAGGAGCGUCUGCAGCAUCAGCAGAGCACAUCAUACAAUUGUGUGUGUGUGUGUCUGUGUGUAGGUGGAGAGCCUGCAGGCCCAGCGGAGCAGAGCUGUGUGAAGAAGCAGCUGGAGGCUCUGCAGAGGCAGCUGGAGCUGCUGGAGGUGGAGAAGAAGGAGGUGGACGGACGAUUGGAGAAGGCAGAAGAAGAAUGA